UAAAAAAAAAAAUUUUGGGGGGUGGUUGUAUUGUCAAAACAAUUUACAGCAGUAGUAUAUUAUGCUGAGAGUCUAAGCAAUCUCUAUAAUCCAUUCAUUUCACUUUAUAAAUUAAAUGACCGAAAUAAGUACAUUUUCUGAUGACAUCCUGAGUCAUUGAGAUGCACCUUUAAUUUGUACGAGUUUGUCUGUGUAAUAUUUAACCCUGACUGCCGUCAUAGUUGCUGAACUGGCACAUUAUGGCAGAUUAAAGAUCCAGGUGUGGUCUGUGACUUUGAGCUCCACAGAGUCAGUCAGGCCGAGUGCUGCAGUCGACAUGGCUUCUCAAAAGUCAGACACAGCUAUGUCUCCAAAGAUCACUGGGGAGCUUCUGCGGCUUCUUCGGCAGGCGAUGAGGAGUUGCAAAUAUUUCUCAGAGCCGAUCCACGCUUACAUAGUCCCAUCUGGAGAUGCACAUCAGAGUGAAUACAUUGCACCAUGCGACUGCAGACGGGAAUUCAUCUGUGGAUUCAAUGGUUCUGCAGGAACAGCCAUUAUCACAGAGCAGCACGCUGCCAUGUGGACAGACGGACGAUAUUUCCUCCAGGCCAGCCAGCAGAUGGACAACAACUGGGCUUUGAUGAAGAUGGGACUGAAGGAGACACCGUCACAGGAGGACUGGCUGAUCAGCGUCUUGCCAGAAAACUCCAAAGUGGGAGUAGAUCCUUGGAUCAUCGCUGCUGACCAGUGGAAGAACAUGUCCAACGCGCUGACCAGUGCUGGCCACUCGCUGGUGGCCGUGCAGGACAAUCUGAUCGACGUGGUCUGGACGGACCGGCCAGAAAGGCCGAGCACGCAGCUCCGCACCCUGGGACUGGAAUACACCGGUAUCUCCUGGCAGGACAAGAUCACGACGCUGCGAGGCAAGAUGACGGAGAGGAAGAUCAGCUGGUUUGUGGCUACAGCUCUGGAUGAGAUCGCAUGGAUUUUCAACCUGCGAGGUGCAGACAUUAAUUACAACCCAGUGUUUUUUGCGUACGCCAUCGUCGGAAUGAACUCCAUAAGGCUUUUCGUGGACCUGAAGCGGCUGUCUGACCCGGUGGUGCGGGACCACCUGCAGCUGGACUCCCCCAGCCGGCCCGAGCUGAGUGUCCAGACCUUCCCGUACGAGUCUGUCUACACCGAGCUCCAGGCGAUCUGCGCCGCGCUCGGCCCCAAAGACAAAGUGUGGAUCUGUGACAAGGCCAGCUGCGCUCUUACGCAGGUCGUCCCAAAGGCUCAUAGGACUCCGAUUCCCUACACUCCGCUCUGCCUCUCCAAAGCCGUAAAGAACGCCACCGAGAUCAAAGGCAUGAAAAUGGCCCAUAUCAAGGAUGCUGUUGCUCUUUGUGAACUCUUUGCUUGGUUGGAAAAGGAGAUCCCCAACGGCAACGUGACUGAGAUCUCUGCAGCCGAUAAGGCCGAGGAACUCCGCAGUCAGCAGAAAGACUUUGUUGGCCUCAGCUUCCCCACCAUCUCCAGCGUGGGUCCGAAUGGAGCCAUCAUACAUUACCGACCCCUUCCUGAAACCAACAGAACUCUUACUGUGAAUGAAGUUUAUCUGAUCGACUCUGGAGCUCAGUACAUCGAUGGAACCACAGACGUCACCCGCACCGUGCACUUUGGGACACCUUCCGCCUUUGAGAAGGAAUGCUUUACUUACGUGCUGAAGGGACACAUAGCUGUCAGCGCUGCCAUCUUCCCCAAUGGGACUAAAGGCCACCUGCUGGACUCGUUUGCCCGAGCCGCCCUGUGGGAGUCGGGACUGGACUACCUUCACGGAACGGGUCACGGCGUGGGCUGCUUCCUCAACGUCCACGAGGGGCCCUGCGGCAUCAGCUACAAAACCUUCGCCGACGAACCUCUGGAGGCCGGAAUGAUUGUCAGCGAUGAGCCUGGAUACUAUGAAGACGGAUCGUUUGGGAUUCGUAUUGAAAACGUGGUCCUCGUUGCUCCCGCUAAACCCAAAUACAACUACAGGAACAGGGGGAGUUUGACGUUUGAGCCUCUGACUUUGGUUCCUGUCCAAGUGAAGAUGAUGAACACAGAGCUGCUCACCCAGAAGGAGAAGGACUGGGUGAACGAGUACCACCGGAGGUGCAGGGAGGUGGUUGGUGCAGAGCUGGAGCGGCAGGGCAGGAUGGAGGCUCUGCAGUGGCUGGUCAGGGAGACGCAGCCCGUCGUCUGAGGACUCCACGUCCUCUCCGCCUCCGGCCGCUCAGUGGCUGCUCUGCGAUAACCGUUUCACUUCUUCUCCCCUCUUGUCUGUGAUCCACGCUCUGCUUGCCUUUUUUAAACAAUGCCACCAGUUUUAUUAAAACCUGUUAAUAGUCACUUCAGAUUCUUUUUCUAUUUUAUGUCUCGGAAAAUGUGACGGUGAUGUUUUUGAAGAUUUCGCCAAUCCUUUCCAUUAAAGGUACAAUGUGCAAAAUCGA